AUGUCCACUCACAGUCCAGCAACAGUGCCUGUGCCGAUCAAAGGCAGUCGAGUCCAAGAGGGAAAUGAGCGGCCCUGCAUGCAUUUUGGCACCUCUGCAGGCGACGUGCACCUGAUCAAAACCGGCGCAGCGAGAGACUCGGGACGAGGGUUCUUGCUGCUUGCAUGCAGUGGGACAGGCCCCAGCGCAAUUGGCAGCAGUGAAGACGAGUUCAGCUCAUCGGAUCUGAAAUUGGACGGUGGUAAUGGGCGCUCGAGGACUGGCGGUGGUGCGUGUGCCAUUACGCAGGCCUCAGGCUCAAGGAAGAAGGACUUGUGCUGGAGGAAGGGGAAUCGGUCUGUCUGCCUAUUCCAAGACUGCGAGAACUCGGAACGAGCGCGGGGAGCAGUUUUCAGAGGCGAGAGUUCCCGAACCGACUGUGGUCGCUGUCAGCAUCUGAGUUUUCUUCUUCUUCACAUGGUUGAAGGCCUUGGAGGCAAGACGUGGGGGGAGCUCGUCAAAGUCUUUCUAGAAGCCAUCCGAGGUUGCUCAGGCUGGCAACCACGUGGAGCCCGCAAGCCAUGA